AUGAACUUCAUAACCGAAAAGUUCGCUAAAUCACUUGGAAUAAAGCAAGAGAUAUGUUCGGUCCCAAUCGAAUCCCUCGACACCUUAACGACGACCUCGAAACGCUAUAUCACGGCCACGAUUACCUCCAUGGACGGCACGUACGAACGUACAUUGACGUUUUUGAUCAUAUCGACAAUAACGACAUUGGUCCCAGAUCAACCCGUAAAUCGUUUAACUAUACAAAUACCUAGGAAUCUCCAACUAGCUAGAUCAUCGGGAAGCCCAGUCUCUCAAUCAACAUCACGCGCAUUUAGCGCCACCACAACGGAUCUACAAGCGGAUCUCGCCCGUUUUUGGAAAAUCGACGAGGGACCGCUCACCCCGUACCUUUCGGAAGCGAAACAACAAUGUGAGAAGCACUUCCGAAAUCACGUCCGACGCAUCAGAGAAGGGCGAUACAGCGUCGCUCUGUCAUUCAGUGCGAAGCUUCCUUCACUUGGAUCGUCGAAAUCCAUUGCGAUGAACAGACUCGCUUCUCUUCACCACCGAUUUCAACGCGACAAACAAAUUGAAACCGCAUAUAGUACGGUGAUUCAAGAAUACUUAGACAUGGACCACAUGACUAAGAUCACCACUGAUCACCCCACAAGCAACGGGUAUUAUCUACCACAUCACGGCGUGAUCAAGGAUCAUCUUAAUAUUUCAGAAAAUGUAAGAUAUAAAAAUGUCGGUUGUAUCAAAUAA